CAACAUGGUACAUCAACUAGUGCAGCAGGAGGGAAAAAUAAGGCACAUGAUGAUCAUGGAGAUCUCCUUCUCGUUCUUGCGCGGUUCUCCGAACGUUUAGCCUGGCUCCGCGAGCACGAAAUCAGUAAAAGUUGUCCUAUUUUAGUGGUGAAUCGGGGUUUUGAGGAACAGCACUUAAAAUCCCUAGUCGAGGACUUGCUUGUCAUUCCGCACGACGAGGUGGAUGAAGCUGAAGUACAACAACACCAAGACCUUCCUCAUUCUUCAACAUCAUCUUCGCAGCUACUUAUGGAAACUUCAGUGGACACUAGGAGCACAAGAAUCGCUUCCGCACGCAUGCAACAGAAAGCAUUACUGGAGGGUUUGCGACAAGACUCGCAAGAGCUGACUUCAAUGAGGCUGCAGAUGCAAGAGCAAGCUUCUAGUGAAGAAGGACGUGCAGGAGAAGAUAUGUUGUUGAACAGUAUGAAUGUCGUUAGUGGAAAGAAGAUCUUCCGCAUACAAGGUCCACACCUUACUAGCGCAAGGAGGAAAACUAGUAGGAGUGCCAUCAAAUGCAAAGGUAACAACAAGAAGAAGAACGCGAGAAAAGUGGAACCACCUGGAGCAACAACGGUAGUAGGAGAGCUUGGAGAGCUUAAAAGACGAGGUCAUUAUGAUAAAAUUGCUAGUUGCACAAGCUCUAAACAUUAGCAGUACAAUGUUGUAAUAUGUAAGUAGUUGAUGUCCACCUAAUUCCUAAAAUCACAUCAGGACUUGCAGUUGCAUGUUGAAAUUCAUUGAAAAACAAGAAAACAAAUCACAGGAACCAAGUAGGAUGUAAUAUUCUCUCACUCAGAGUGAAUCUGAAUCUUGUUACUACAACAACGCUUACUAAGAGUAAGAUCUAUCAUGCACAUGCUCCUCUGCUCUAAUAUGUUCCUGUCUUCGUGAGCAACCUGGCGUACAACCGUGGUCGCGAGGUUGCGGUGUAUCUCAGCUUCAUCUCGCAGAAUUACGAGACGCUACCAAAGUAUCUGGCACUCUUGCAGGCUGAGCCUGCCUAUACUUCGUCUGGUGGAACCUACGCUAAAGUCGCUGAUGACCUUCGACGGCUUCAGGGUCUUGCGGCAGCUGCAACUGAUCAGCCUCAAUCCCGACCUGAUCUAGUAGCUGGUAAUAACACACCUCAACAAGCGGGUGCACAACCACAUCAAGCACGACACUCCAAUAUUGACAACAAGAAAGACCAGCCAGUAAAUAAUCAUUGGAAGGAUACAGAUUAAGGCUACCGCUCAAGCAUCCUUAGCAUCAUCUACUUUGGCACCUUUUUUACUUGGAAAAGAAGCAUCCUCUUCAGCAUCAUCUACUUUGGCACCGUGCUUUUUACUUAUGGAAAUCAUCUUUGGCACCUUGCUUUUUACUUAUGGAAAAGGAGCUGCCAAGGAUACUAUGCCUCUCAACAGAAAAGGAGCCAGCGCGGUAGCUCUAAAUAGAAAAGGAGCUGAACGAGGAUGGGUUUUCGUACUUCAGUGGCGACUACGUCGGAAGAAACCGUGCGGCUGACUGGCGAUACAACGAGACCGACAAGUCAGAUUCGGGUGGAGGCUUCCAACUCUGUAUGUCUUGGGAUGACGUUUUUUCAUGUCAGAUUCGGGCGGAAGCUUCCAACUCUGUGUCUCUUGGGCUCAUGGAGAAGGAAGAUUACCAUCUUCUCAUGCUAAUUACGUGAUUACUAUCUGCGGCGGCCGUAGUAGAUGAAAUGUAGUUGUCUAGAUCAUUGUCAUGAUCAUUGAUCUCAAUCUUGUUCUUCUUCUAGACAUAGUCUACACCGUCUCAUACUAUAUUUAGUGUUGCUUCUAGUAAGUAUGUUCUCUCUUCCUGCAACAAAUUUUCGACUGCAUAAUACUGAUUCUCUUUCAUCUCACGGAAUGGUUGGAUGUCGUUUCUGAACUUUGCAGCCUCCGCAACCUCUAGUACUCGUACGACCAGAGCAGGAAGCCAGACGAUGGAAGCAGACAUGGGUUUUCUU